AGACAUAAUUUAUGAAAACUUACGAGCGUCGUGUAGCUUGUCUAGCUGACAGCGAAUAGGACGGACCAGCCAAACUUGGGGAGAAGCAUACCUUACCAAGGCGCAAAGAAACAAGGAACACUCUUCGAAUUUCAUAAAGAUCCAGACUAUUUAUUUGGUGACUGUCAAGAUGCCUGUUAUUAGAUCUCUCAGCAAGGUGGCUAAGCAGGCCCUCCUGAACCCAGGAUGUGGCUGUCAGCCAAUCACAGUGGCCGUACGGACCAUCAGCUUCUCGCCCCGCCAGGUCACCUCGGACGCCAGCUUCCACUCUGUGUCCUUCUCCGAGACGGACCACCCCAAGGUGCUUAUCACAGGCGGCCUUGGACAGUUGGGGGUAGGACUGGCUAAAAGGUUGAGGAAGCGGUUUGGAAACAAGAAUGUAAUCCUGUCAGAUAUCAGGAAGCCUCCAAGCCACGUUUUCUACAGCGGCCCCUUCAUCUACUCUGACAUCCUGGACUAUAAGAACCUGCGUGAGAUUGUGGUGAACAACCGCAUCACGUGGUUGGUCCAUUACAGUGCCCUGCUCAGCGCCGUGGGAGAGGCCAACGUAUCUCUGGCUCGCGACGUCAACAUCACUGGGCUCCACAACAUCCUGGACAUUGCAGCGGAGCACGGCCUGCGUCUGUUCGUCCCCAGCACCAUCGGAGCCUUUGGGCCCACCUCACCCCGGAAUCCGACCCCUGACCUCUGUGUCCAGAGACCCAGGACCAUCUAUGGAGUGUCCAAGGUUCACGCAGAGCUCAUGGGAGAGUACUACCACCACCGCUACGGCCUUGACUUCCGCUGUCUGCGCUACCCAGGAAUCAUAUCUGCUGACUCACAGCCUGGAGGAGGAACGACAGACUACGCGGUAGCCAUAUUCCAUGAUGCCGUCAAAACGGGGAAGUUUGAGUGUAACCUGAAGCCAGACACGCGGCUGCCCAUGAUGUACAUUGACGACUGUCUGCGUGCCACCGUGGAGAUGAUGGAAGCGCCCGCAGACACCCUCUCCAUGAGGACCUAUAACAUCAACGCCAUGAGCUUUACCCCUGAAGAGCUUGCUCAGGAGGUCCAGAAACAGCUGCCGGACCUGGAGGUCACCUACGACAUCGAUCAAGUCAGACAGGCCAUCGCUGACAGCUGGCCAAUGAACUUUGACGACUCUAACGCACGGAACGACUGGGGCUGGAAACAUGACUACGACCUCCCGGAGCUCGUCCAGACCAUGCUCAACUACAUCGGCUCAGACUCGCGCAUCGCACAGGCCAACUGAGGGGCCAGCGGUGUCAUGCUGGAUUAGUGGUGUUUCUUUGUACAUACUGUAAAAAAAACAUUGUUAUAGAGGAGGGAGACACGUGGUCUAUGAAGACUGUUAGAGAGGAGGGAGACAUUUGGUCUAUGAAGACUGUUGUUAGAGAGGAGGGAGACAUUUGGUCUAUGAAGACAGAGAGGAAGGAGACAUUUGGUCUAUGAAGAAUGUUGUUAUAGAGGAGGGAGACACGUGGUCU